AUGCCUCACGCAGCGCCCUCACGGGUGGCUCCUACCGCUACGUCCGACCUCGAAGCCGGCGCGGUCCUCAAACUUGGCGAAUUCGCGAACGAAGUCACGCUCAACCUCUCCGAAGCACGUAUUGUUCUGCUCAAGACCCUCGAUACCCGCCAAAAGAACAACACGGUCGUCAACCCCACCGAGAAUCUCGAGAAAACAAAAGACUACCUGGAGAUCUUCGCGGUAUUCAAGAACCUCGCCGAGGCGCAAGAGGUCGAAGGCAUUAUCAACGGGUACGCCCCGAGUCUGGAGAGGUUUGAGAAGUCUCAGUUGGGCAGUCUGGUCCCGACAUGCGCGGACGAGGCGAAGGCACUGAUUCCCAGCCUGGAGAAGAAGGUAGAGGAUGGCAUCGUUGGGGAGGAGGAAAUCGAGGGCAUUUGUCGGGAGUUGCAGCGGUUGAAGAGACAGGCAGCGCUAUGA